ACGAGGUCUGAAAAGGUGCAUGAAUACGAGAGGUGGCUAGCCAUUGAUUGGAGGUCAGCCUUCAGAAGGAGCGCGACACAUGUAUAUACAAACUUGCGUUCCAGGACACACAUUUCGUAUCAUUCCGCCAAAUCUAAGCAUGACCGAUUACACUGCCAUUCCGAUAGACUCGUCCAAACAGGAGAUUCGUUUGUUAUGCAUCAAACCAUACGAUCCCUCGUGCAUGCUCGAUUUUGUGACGUGCAAACUUAUCACAGCAUGUCUCGACCUCCCAAACCGGCCUCAAUAUGGUGCUGUAUCGUACACUUGGGACAACCCCUUCCGAACUCCACAGAUGACCGUAUCUGAAGCCCUAGAGUGUCCACGUCUACCGCCUGCGACCAUCAUUCUGUCCGGUAGUGCCAUGAUUGUGACCGGCAACCUCGAAGCAUUCUUGCGACACUUACGGGCAAACUCGGACUCGCAAUCAGAAAUCUUGAUUUGGGUUGAUGCACUGUGUAUUAACCAGAGUGAUGACGAAGAAAAAAGUGGACAGCUCCCGCUUAUGAGGCGUAUUUACGCAGGUGCUGAGAAUGUGAGAAUUUGGCUCGGGCCUGGUGACCAGUAUACUGAUGAAGCGAUCGACUUCAUGAAUGAUACAGGCGCACUGGCUGUACGCUUGGGAGUAUUGUCGUACAAAGAGGCCGAUCUGAUGGAGCUCAUGACUUCCACUGGGGGAUCAGAGCAGCAUGUAGAGAUUCGUGCUGCAAUUCGUGAGAUGCAGGAUUCGCUUGGGUAUGAAAGGUAUCCCAUUGAGGCAAUCAAGACGUUGUAUAGUCGCUGGUGGUGGUUCCGAACAUGGACUGUACAGGAGCUCUGCCUCGCAAGAAAAGCCGUAUUCAUCUGUGGUACAAGAAAUAUCCCAGUUGAGCGCUUGAUUGGUGCGCACCUAUUUGGUACCGCGUAUCUAUGGUCAAUUACGGCAAGUUUCGAUGUCGAGAAGCUGAUGAAGGAUCCUCAGCUACUGAUGAAACUUCAAAAACUUUUAAACACGGUUCCAGACGCCCGUCCGGGAAUAAUGAUGGGGAUGUAUAGAAGAUAUCAGAACCGAAUUAAUUCGGAAGUUCCACCACUGCGACUCAUCCAAGUCUUGGUUCGAACGCACGCAAGGUCGUCACCAAAGGCUGAUCUUGGGGCGACGAAUCCAAGAGAUCGGGUUUAUGGACUGCUGGGCCUGGCCGAAGAUGCUAUUGAAUUGGACUUGAAGGUUGAUUAUGGGUCUUCCAUCGAGGACGUCUACAUCGAUACAGCUCUGAAGCUUCUUAUGCAUCGAGACACAGAUAUACUCGCACUGGCACAGAAACAGGGUCGGAAGUUGAGUCUGCCAAGCUGGGUCCCUGACUGGAGUGGUCAUAUCAUGGACCCAUGUGGUGAGUGUAUAUUGGACGGAUUUUUCCGUGCAUGCGGUGAUACACAGGCAUCUGUAGUAUCGUACGAACGGCGAAGUGACGGGUGUCACGUUCUCGGCUUAGAGGGACUGAAAAUCUGCGUGAUCAAAGAGACUGGGUCGACAUGGAAGCCGAAGAUGGAGAAUUGGAAAUUUGACUGGGACGAAUUUCAAUUCCUACUGAAGGAUGUUGAAGAGUUCUGUGCGAAAAGCAAAAAGGUGCAGCCAGACAAGUACGAAGAUGCAGUCGUCCGUACCUUGUGCUUCGACCAGGAACGAGUGGGAUCGGUUCGCAGAAGAGCAGGCACUUUAGAUAGCAGUGUCAUGCUUAAUGGAUAUCGACUCGCGAGGAACGCAGUUCAUAACCGGUUGGCUAUCGGUGAGUAUGUUGGUAUCGCAGACUUUACCAACUUUCAAAUUACGCUCGGUGAUCUCUUCUCCAGGCGACCGUUUCUUUCAGACACUGAAGACGUGGGUCUAGCACCAGCAGAUGCUAAAGACGGAGAUGUGAUCUGUAUCUUCAAAGGGGCUAUAGUUCCAUUUACCCUGCGACCAAAGCUGGACGGAACAUAUGAGCUUCUAGGGGAAGCAUAUGUAUACGGAGCAAUGGAUGGUGAACUAAUGGUAGGGAUGCCCAGCUUCGAAACCUUCAAUUUGAUCUAGUCGCAUUCAGUCUUCUCAUAAUAAAUGAUCGGCACUCUUCCACAAUUAGCUCAUCCGAAAAUAUCCAGGGCACAAAGGUUGCUACCACCUAAGACACAACUACUGCAAGUGGCGAAAGCCGUCCUAGCGCAGGGUAGCAUGGUAACUGUCAAUACCAUUACUUAGUCCCUAAGCGUUCUCCUAGAGUUCGAGAGUGCAGUAAGCCGGAAGGUAUUGGCCUUGGGACUGUGGCAUGAGCCCUGUUCUGUCACAUCCGUAUGAGCCAAGCCACAUACAACAAAUGGGAGGUAUAUUGAUAAUGUGGUCUUUCUGUACACGAUAAUGAACACACUGGAUCUGUUAUGUUCCGCGCCAAGCUCGGGAUUCCCCAGGUUCUUCAGUCAUGAUCCGCCUACUUAUUCUUCUUCGUCUGCCAAACUAAGAAAAAG